AGUACCGGUCUCCAGCCGCGCCUCCCGGCAUUCACAAUGGAGAUCUCUGAGGAGCCUCCCACUUCUGCUGUAUUUAUAGACAGCUGCCACUUCUCCCAGGUCAUCUUUAUCAACGUGGAGAAGUUUUAUGUUCCUGGAGGAGACAUAACCUGUUAUUACACCCUCACGGAGAACAUUGUUCCUCGGGGGAAGGACUGGGUGGGCAUCUUCCGGGUGGGAUGGAAAACAACCCGGGAAUAUUACACAUUCAUGUGGGCUCCUCUGCCCAGUGACAGCCACAGAGACACCACCGCGCAGCAGCAGAUCCAGUUCAAAGCUUGCUACCUACCACAAGAUGAUGAAUACUAUCAGUUCUGCUACAUCGACCAGGACGGCAUGGUCCGGGGAGCCAGCGUGCCUUUCCAGUUCAGAGUAGAGACUGAGGAUGACAUCCUGAUGGUUACCCCCCAGGGACAACUGGAAGAGAUUGAACUCCAAAACCAAAACCUGCAUAAAGAAAAUGAGAAGCUGAAAGCAAACUGUGCGAGUCUCCAGAAACAGAACAGCCAUCUGCAGGAAGAGCUCAAGAAGACACAGGAGCUGCAGAAUACCUUAGAGUCUCUAAGGAGCAACAUGGAGAAACUGGAGCUGGAGCUGAAUUUCCUGAGAAAGAAAAAUACACAUCUAAAGAGGCUGGAUGAUAGCAGAGGGGCAGAACUGCACCAACUCAAAGAGCUAAUUCAGAGUGUGACCUCUGACAAGGAACGCCUGGAAACCAGCCUGAAAACAACCCUGGAUCACCUGGACCAGCUGCAGCAACAAAAUGAGAACUUAAGGAAAGAACUGGAGGAGCAGAAGUGUUUGUUUCAGAUUCUGCAGGAAAAAAUGAAGGAAGCUGAUGAGGAAAAUCAGCAACUAAGGAAAGACAAUGGCAGACUCCUGAGGCACCUCUCACAGGCAAGAGAGGCUUCUUCCUCCUCUGUUGCUUCCCAAGCUCCAGUUCAAGCUCCUGAAGUAGGAGGCCUUCUGUUUGGAAAUCCAUAUUGUGCUGCAGGAGCAAACCUGGGGGCAGGAGCUGCAGACAUAGCUUCCAUAAAGAAAUGCUACACGGUCAAUGAAGUAUGUCCUGAAGAUACCUUAACAAGUCAGUACAAGGCCGAAAUGCAGAGCCACCUUCUGAAGUGCCCAUUCUGCAGUGAGACCUUUGAGAAGUCCAGUGACGAGAUGUUGUUUGCCCAUAUGCUUUGUCAUGUCCUGGAAUAAUUUGUGGAUUUGUAUCUGCUCUGUGAUAGAGGACAAAAUCACUGGAUGGCUUAGUUCAUGCUAAGAUCACCCAGACAAGAGUGGGAAUGCCACUAGUGCUGGCAUUCUGAGCUUUUUGCUCCAUGCAGCAUGGGACAAACCCACAAAUUGGGUCAGACAUCUGCAUCCUGAAACUGAAUCACCAUCCUCAAACUCAAGUCUCCUGCCUUGAGCAAAGUUAAACAACUUACAGAUCUUAUUGUUACUAAUUUAGGUCCCAGUUCUGUAGAACAGGAUUUGUCACCUAACAGUUUAUUCAGGUUGGAAUGGGAUGUAGUACAGCAGUUUUCUGUUCUUGGCUGAUACAUCUCUACUAUAAUGGUUUUAAUAUAGCACUGUGAUGGCUAACCAACGACCAGAAACAUUUCAUCAUCUUUUAGGAGCACACCAUCAGUCCUGCUCAGCUUCCAGAAUGCAGAAUUAAUAAGAAAGAAAGUCUGAAUAAAAACACAUCUCUUCUUUCCUCGUCCUCACUGAAAGGAAAUCAUGAAUACGAUUACUUUUGUCUUUCUAAACCACCUUGACUGAAUAAGAAGAGUCUGUUCCCAAACCAAGACAUUGUGAUUCACAGCUAAGUGCCUUGGGAUGCUGCAAUGCUUUGCACACAGGUUUCCCAGUUCAUAUUUGUGUUUGUGCUUCAGGAUUUUCAGUUCAUGAUUAACAGCUCUUUUUUCCACGCAAGCACAAAUGGGUCAAGGUUUAUUUUCCAGCUGUAUCACACUGUUUUCUGCUGAGUAUCUGAAGCAAUAGAAACUCCUAAGAAGUUUAUGUAGAGUUUUUAGAAUAUUUAGAGUAACAGAGACUUCAAAAUGUUUUACUGUCUUCAUUCUGCACAACCUUUUCUUAUCAAUUUAGAUUUUAACGGAGUAUUUCUGCCUUGAGAUGUACUAUACUGGCAGGCAUUACCCACAAACAAGAAUAAAAGCUAUACAAAGA